UUGAGUUGACUAGCAACAACCACGACUCUCAUUUCCGAAAACUCAAUUAUAUAUAUAUUUUUUACAAUAUCACGCAAUUCAUACAUGUAUCUCUAACCGUUUCAUCAACUUCUCCCUUCUGCUCCUGCCAAAUCCAAUGUCUGCAAUUCCUAUCAGCUCCGCCUAUGCUUCCACCUUCUCUUAUUCCGCGCGCGCGCUUUGCUUCUUCUCUGCUCGCAACAACAUCAACAGGAUCACUCUUCACCGACCUGUGUUUUGUCAAUUUGAAUCCAAGACAGAGGAAGCGCUGACAAGAAGGUGCUCCCCCUUUCUAGAGAGUUCAUUACUCUCUGGUAGCGGUGCUGUGGCCUCCGACGAGUGGAAAGCUGUUCCUGAUAUUUGGAGAUCUUCUGCGGAGAAGUAUGGUGAUAAAGUAGCAUUAGUAGAUCCGUAUCAUGAUCCUCCUUCGAUUAUGACAUAUAAACAGUUGGAGGAUGCAAUAUUGGACUUUGCUGAAGGGUUGAGAGUUAUUGGAGUAAGACCCAAUGAGAAACUUGCACUUUUUGCUGAUAAUUCAUGUCGCUGGCUUGUAGCAGAUCAAGGUAUGAUGGCAUGUGGGGCAAUCAAUGUGGUAAGGGGUUCGAGGUCAUCAAUUGAAGAAUUGCUGCAAAUAUACAACCACUCUGAGAGUGUUGCACUAGCUGUGGACAAUCCUGAAAUGUUUAAUCGGAUUGCAAAAGUGUUGUAUUUGAAGGCUUCUAUAAGAUUUAUUAUACUGCUAUGGGGAGAAAAAUCAAGCCUGGUCAGUAAAGGAGACAAGGGGGUGCCUGUCUUUACUUUCACAGAAGUCAUACAUUUGGGACAAGAGAGUCGUAGAGUAUUGUUUAAUUCUCUUGAUAAUAGGAAGCACUAUAUGUAUGAAGCAAUCAAAUCUGAUGACAUUGCUACUCUUGUAUACACAAGUGGAACUACUGGAAAUCCAAAGGGUGUUAUGCUAACCCAUCAGAAUCUUUUGCAUCAGAUAAAAAACUUGGGGGAUAUUGUACCUGCUGAAGUUGGGGAUAGAUUUCUAAGCAUGCUGCCUUCCUGGCAUGCAUAUGAAAGAGCUUGUGAGUAUUUCAUUUUCUCGUGCGGUGUUGAACAAGUAUACACAACUGUGAGAAACUUGAAGGAUGAUUUGGGUCUUUACCAACCACAUUACUUGAUUUCUGUUCCUUUAGUCUAUGAAACGUUAUACAAUGGGAUUCAGAAGCAGAUAUCUACAAGCUCCUUUGUUAGAAAGCUUGUUGCACUCACAUUCAUAAGGGUCAGCAUAAGGUACAUGGAGUGUAAGCGGAUUUAUGAGGGUAAAUGUCUAACAAAGAAUCAGAAGCCGCCUUCCUAUCUCCAUUCAAUCUUGGACUGGUUAUGGGCAAGAGUCAUGGCCACAAUAUUAUUUCCUGUUCAUUUGCUGGCGAAGAAACUGGUCUACAGUAAAAUUCAUUCAGCUAUUGGGAUGUCAAAGGCAGGAAUAAGUGGUGGUGGUAGCUUAUCUUCUCAUGUUGAUAAAUUUUUUGAGGCUAUUGGUGUGAAUGUACAGAAUGGAUAUGGUUUAACAGAAACUUCACCAGUUAUUGCUGCUCGACAGCUUAGUUGUAAUGUUAUUGGGUCUGUUGGGCAUCCAAUUAAGCAUACAGAAUUCAAAGUCAUUGAUUCUGAGACUGACGAAGUUCUUCCACCUGGUUCAAAGGGUAUUUUGAAAGUCAGGGGCCCACAAUUGAUGAAGGGAUACUACAAGAAUCCUUCAGCUACAAACCAUGUCUUGGAUAGGGAUGGCUGGCUGAAUACUGGGGAUAUUGGUUGGAUUGUUCCUCACCAUUCAACUGGGCGGAGUCGUAAUUCCAGUGGAGUAAUUGUUGUGGAAGGCCGUGCUAAAGACACUAUUGUGCUUUCUACAGGUGAAAAUGUUGAACCGGGAGAACUUGAAGAAGCUGCCAUGAGGAGUAGCCUCAUACAUCAAAUUGUUGUUAUUGGCCAGGAUAAGCGACGUCUAGGAGCUGUAAUUGUUCCUAACAAAGAAGAAGUCUUAAAGGCAGCAAGGGAAUCGUCAAUUAUAGAUUCCAACAGUUCAGAUGUCAGUCAGGAAAAAGUGACCAGCCUAAUAUAUAAAGAAUUGAGGACAUGGACGUCAGAGUCUCCAUUUCAAAUUGGGCCAAUCCUUCUCGUAAAUGAUCCCUUCACGAUUGAUAAUGGGCUAAUGACACCCACGAUGAAAAUUCGAAGGGAAAAAGUUGUGUCUCAAUACGGGGACCAAAUAGAGAAUCUGUACAAGUAAACUUGCAGUAUGUUUGGAUGGGAAUUAGGAAAAAAAUUGACGCGCUUAAUCAAAGCAUAAAUAAUGCUUUCACAUGUUUUUAUAGAUUUGACUUGGAAAAGUAGAGAAACACCCGUUCAAAAGCUGUAGCUAGAUACUUACCGCCUAAUGCCAAUGUUAUGUUUCUUUAUUGUAUAUUGAAAGUAGGAAAAUCCUUGAUCCUUUUCCAUCUGCUGACAAUUUUUUCGUUUCUUACAGAAUGUAAAAUACUGUAUCUUCCAUUAAAUGUUAAUAUGUCCAAUUCUUUUGUUAUUAUAUAUUCUCA